GAAACUAGAAAUAACAUCUAAAUUUCAUACACAUCUGUAUUAUAAGACAAUGUUCAUAUUUAAAAGAGUAAUUCAUCCUUCCACAAGCUCAAAACAAGGCAGCUCGCGAGCUUAGCUCGACAAGCCACCGAAUCAAGCUAGCUCGCGAGCUUAUCAAGCCGAGCAUGGUCUAGCUCAGGCUUGGCUCGUUAACUAACGAGUUGGCUCGCGAGCCGGCUUGUUAAAUAACGAGUCGAGUGUCGAACGAGUUUUUUCCGAUUCGAACGCCGAGUUGCUCGCGAGCGGCUUGGCUCAUUUGCAGCCCUAUGCACAUCAAUCAAUGCCUUGGGGUUGGCGAGAAAUGGUCCACCCAAAAUCAAAGGCACAUCCACAUUUUCAUUCUAAGAUAACAAAAUCGACAAGAUAUGUGAAUGCACCCACAUUAACAAGCAAGUCCUCAAUGAUACCCCUAGGACGCACACUCAAUCGGUCGACUAACUGAAUACUCAUCCUAGUGGUUCUGGGUUCACCUAGGUCUAGCUUCGUAAACAAAUUAUAGGGCAUGACAUUAAUGCUGGCGCCUAGGUCCGCCAAGAACUUUCCUACAUGCAUCCUGCCAAUAACAAGAAGAAUAGUAAAACUCCAUGGGUCUUUCCGCUUCUCGGACAGCUUGUUUUGCAGGAUGGCAGAACACCCCUCACUCAACAUCACUGUCGAUAGAUCCGCAAGUUUCUUCUUAUUGGUGAGGAGAUUCUUCAUGAAUUUUUGCGUACUUGGGCAUCUUCGACAGUGCCUCCACGAACGGUAUGUUGAUGUUGAUCUGCUUCAACAUUGCCAUGAACUUGGAAAACUCGGCCUCCUGCUUGUCCUUGUGCAUACGAGUGGGGGAAAGGAAGUUGGGGAACAUGCUCCUUAACCAUUGGUUGUGGUUUGGGAGCAGGCACUUACUUCUCAAUCUCCACUUCCUCGUCUUCGGCUGGAAGUGCUGAAACAAGUCUCGGUUCAUCCUGCCUAACCAGAGCAGGAAUUAUGACUCGUUGCAACUACAACAUCCCUAUCGACGACCAAGUAUAACCACUGACCGGGUGUAGCAUAGGGCAAGCAAGCAAUCAAUAAUAAUUUAUCGAACCAUGGGAAUCUAGGCUUACCUUACUUCGGUUUAGGGUUCGUUAUCUAGCUAACCUAGGAUAGUGAUUAAUAAAACAAAACUAACCACCCUAAACUAACCACUAACCUAGCUAUUUACAAGGUUUGGAGCUCUCUUGGGUUAAAUCAUCCGAGGUCCGUACUUUGGAUCAAUGUUGAGUAUCCUCCUAGUUCGAUCGACUCAAAUACUCUACCGUUAGGAGAUGGACUCCCUUGGGAAUGACCAGGAAUGGCAAAUCGAUGAAUGGGGUAUGCUUUAUUUAACCUAGGGAACCCUAUAUUAUAGGAGAUUGAUGGAAUCAAAUCCCUCGGGGAUCACCCGAACGAUAUAGGAUGAGGAGUGACCCAAAGAUGCCAAUAAUGGGCUCUAAGGGGAUUUUCUCCCUCCUAGGUCAAAAGCUCAAAACAUGAAAAUGGAAACCCAACUCAUGCAAUUCAUGAAAACAUCCAUCAAUUAAGUAAAAUCAUCAAUCAAACAAUCAAACGUGGAACCUGUCACAUACAUCUAAGAACACUCAAGAACCCUCUCUCUCUCUCUCUCUCUCUCUCUCACUAGAACUCCCCUUUGGUGUUUUGAGUCGAAACCCUAGAGAGAGAAUCAAAUUCUCUUCCAAAAACAAGCUCCCCUUUCUCUCUCCCUGUUGUUGUCUUUAUAUUUGCCUAACAGUGCCGAGUUCAUGGUCUGGGGCUUCAGUUCACGGCCUUAGAGACUGUGAACUUACUUGAGUCCAGUGAGACCGCAAACCGCUUUGGAAAUUGGUCACUUCACGGUCUGGGGCUGAUUAUCACGGUCUUAAGACCGUGAUAAAUGAGUACAUACCAUGAAGUCAUCACUUCACUCCCUGGGGGUGAUUUUCAAGGUCUCAGGGCGUGACAUUUGCCUCCAGCCCGUGAACAGUGCUCAACCUCCACUUUUUGGCUCUUUUUGACCUCUAAAUGACCUGAAACUCGUCCUGGACCUUCCCACACGUGCUAGGACCUGAAAUGUAACAAAAAAGCACAACCUAGCAUAAAAUAGGCGGAGGGACGGUGAUCUACUAAGCAAACUGAAUAAGAAAAGAGGGGUAAAAUGUGUACAAUUGGACCUGAAUCAGAUUGCAUCCAUCGUCUUCCCACUUCUCGUAGUAAUGGCAUCCAACUGCUGGUGAGAAUCUCGAGGAUUUGGGAUGGUGUUGGCAGGUAGAGUUCCUCGCGCUCUAGUGGCAUUGCAUUGGGCUAUGCCUCCAAUAUGGUUUUGGAGGUCCUGCAGAAUGACAUUCUGGUUCCUCUGACCUGCCUCCAACUCAUUGAAUUUCCCUAUGGAAAAAGCCAUGAACAUGUCCAUCUUGCCGAACUGCUGAGUAUUGGUACUCACGAAGGUCGUCAUCAUAUUUCGCAGCUCGAACAUCGGGUCACCCUAUGCUGGAGCUGCUGUCGGCUGCUGAGUUUGCCGUUGCGAUCGCUGAAAAGUUUGCCCCUGUCUGGGUUGGAAUGGCUGCUAUUGAUGGAACUGACCUUGUCGGUUCUGGUACUGCUGCCUCUAGGGAAAGCCACCAGUCGGUGUUGUGAAGCCAGGAGGCUUGGCGGUGCUGUUGUUGCUGCCACCCUAGGAGAAGUAGGGAUGCUAGUGCCACCCCUCGUUAUAAGUAUCGUUGUAGGGUUUGAGGCGCCGAGCAUUGACAAUGAAGUCCAACUGCUCCUGUGGGGUGGUGGAUUCCCGCAUGGCCUGACAGUCUUCCACCAAAUGGUUGGAGCUUUUGCACCAGUGACACUAGGCCACUAGAGGAGGCGACAUGCCUUUACCAGGUAUGAGAAUGUUAGGUUGCUUCAAUGACUGAACCAGCUCUGUCACUGCUCGUUCAAGGCCUGAUCUGAUCUCCAUGGCAUGCACACCUCUAUCCCUUGAACUCAUGCAUCUUGUGGUCUGCCCCCAAGAAUGAUUCUAGGAGGCCAAAGUUUCGAUCAUAUUGUUCAAAUAUGCCAGAGUCUUCAUGAGAAUGUCUUCACCCGGACACAAAAACUCGAUCAGCCGCUGACUCUCUAGGGACAAGGCACUGUAGAAGUUCCCCACGGUGAAUGCAUCACUGAAACCGUGGUGGAGACACUUCCACAACAAUCUAGAAUAUAGUUCCCAAAUGGUU